UUCAAAUUUGCCGUCAUCUCUCUUUCACACUCUCAUCUUGCCUUUAUUCUCCAUAAUGGUUUUCGGUCUUUUCUCUCGCAAGGUCCAUCCAGACAAGCCUCAGCCUCAGGACACUCAGAAGUUGGAACCUAGUAAUCCAACUCAGCUACGAACACCAUCACCUUCAGUCGAAUCUUCAUCCGUCGGCAAAGCUCAACUGAAUCCUUCUCCUACUGCUUCCCUACGUGAACCUCCUGCGUCGCCUUCGCCGCCACUUGAAGACGACGAUGCCGAUUUGGGUCUUAUCACUGACCCUACUGCCCUUCACGGUCUCAUAUCAUCCAUCCCGCCCAAGACAUUCCACGAAUACACACUCACACAUCUCAUUCCGCCUACACGAUCACCUGCUACAUCUUCACAUAUACCAAUACACCCCCCUUCAUCACGCACAUUAACUCAUUUGACGUCUUUCUUUUCAACUCUGACUCCACCGCCCCGGCUCCAUUGCGUUCGGUGCCACAAGUUCUACUUUGAUGUCGAGAAUACCGACCGUAGCUGUGUGGUGCACCAUGAUGACGAAAGUGCGGAGGUGUCGAGGGUAGGAGUGACAAAAUCCAAGGGAACUGAGUACGAGACCCUUUUUACAUGUUGUGGAAAGACUGUCGAGGGAGAUGGAGAUAUGGGUCCACCAGACGGGUGGUGCUACGAGGGAAAGCACACGACGGAUCUCAGACGCGCUAGAUUUCGCGCAGAUUCAUCUAUUCACGACGAUAAACUCAUUUCCUGCGAUCGUCUUCGCUGCCAUGACCCACCUCCACUUCCAUCCGAUGCCUCAUCUCCUCCUUCAUCUCCACCCGCUCGUAAAAAGGCAACCCGAAAGCGUCCUCGACCUGCCGACGACGACCAGGACGGUGUUGAAAUCGACCAGCCUAUAGACGAUACUCAGAGUGUCAUCAGCUCAAAGGGCAAAGGAAAGCAAAAGGCCCAACCCUCGAAACCUCGCAAGAAGCGCGCAAAGACUUCCAAUGACGACAAAGCAUUCAAGCCUGAGCCUGUCUCCGACCAUGAUGAUAUGGAUGUUGAUGAGACGGCAUCGACUUCAUCCAAGCGUCGCAGGGCGAAACCUAAGCCUAAGCCUGCUUACAAGAAGGAGAGGGUGCCUUUCCCGACUGCGAGGACACCCAGCCCUACGCGACCAGCAGCUUUUGCUGUUCCCGCAUCUCCUCCGAGGAAGUCUCUUUCUCCAUCACGUUCAGUAGUUUCUGUUCUUGUCAACGCACCAUCUCGGUCUUUGAAAGAAUCGAUGAAAGGUCGUGGCAGGCCCGCUAAACCUUUGACGGAGGUGGUCUCGACGAGUAUCAGUGGCGAGGAAUGAUUUUUUGUUCUAUCUUGUAUUGGCAUUCAUGGAUAUAUAUUUUCUUACUUUACGUCUUGAUCUCAUUAGUUGGUAUUAUCCUCUAUUCGUCGUUCUUUCGUUAUGCAUCUAUACAUAUACAUACAAGUCAAUCAUUGAAUGUUUCCAUAGUUGCAGCCAUCUGCUCGCCUAUUGACCCUAUUAUCUACUGUAUCGUUUUAUGAUCUCGCCCUGUACCAAUUGUAUGAUUUUUUGCCUUCAC